AAUUAGAUUUUACACCUGAAUUCACGGAAAACCAGUAGCCAUUAAACACACAAAUUAAAAGCUUGGAAAAGUUUAGAUUUGGUAUAUUUUUUUUAAAAUGGCGACUAAAGGAAAUGCUUUGCUGGAUUUAGCUUUUGCUAUGGACUGUACGGGAAGUAUGGAUCCAUAUAUAGACGAAGCCAGAGAGAACAUCGUAAAUAUUGUGGAUGAAGUUGUUAAAACUGAAAAUUGUACAGUUAGACUAGCUUUGGUGGAAUAUCGCGAUCACCCUCCGGAGGAUGAAACCUUUAUCACACAAAAACAUGAUUUUACUAACUCUGUCGAAACUAUGAAAUCAUGGUUGGAGGAAUGCGAGGCUGACGGCGGAGGUGAUACCCCUGAGGCAAUUGCCGACGCUUUAAAUGAUGUCCUACAUCUUUCGUGGAGAGAAGAAGCGACGAAAAUAUGUGUGUUUAUUGCCGAUGCACCUCUGCAUGGUCUAGCUACUGAUGACGACGAAGAUUCGUUUCCAGAAGGCUGCCCAGACGGACUAGAUCCAAUGAACAUAUCGAAGGAUCUUGCAGGAAAAGGAGUUGCACUUUACGUAGUUGGUUGUGAACCAAGCGUUAGUGAUUACAAAGAUUUCUAUCUUGCUUUGGCUGAAAUAACCGGCGGACAAUAUGUUCCUCUUACAGAUGCAAACAAUUUAACAAAAGUUAUUAUUUUUGGAUCUAAGGAAGAAAUGUCGUUGAAAAAGCUUGAAGCCGAAGUCGAAGAAGAAAUAAAAGUGCUGACGUCAUCUGGGAUUGUUAUAAAUGAGGAGGAGCUUUCAUCGUCCUUGCAUAAAAAAUGGUCGGACAGAGGUGAGAAAACUAAACAAUUGAUGCUGAACCAUAAAGUUUUAGAAACAGCAAAAAAUUCUGCAAACGCUUCGGCGAUGGCAAAAAUGGGAUUUGAAGGAGUACGAAAUUUAUUUGCAACGUCAUUACGAGAGGCCAAAAGGGACUCUGGGAAAUGUCUUGAUACCUCAAAGUCAGAUGGGGGUGGCGAUAAAGAUUUACAAGAAGAAAUGAGCAAGGCUGAUAAGGUAGCUAAGGCCACUCGUGCGUUGGCAGAUCUUAAAAUUGGACAGAAAUCUGUGGAUAAAAGUUUUAAAAAGGUGAAUCCUGGUGAGCUAUCGCAAACAAUUGACUUUGGUCCGGCGGAAAGUUGCCAGAAAUCUAUUUCCAAAAGUUGGAUUAAGGUGGAUCUUGGUGAGUUACCACAGACAGUUGACUCUGGCCCUGCGGAAAAGGAGGCUCUAUCGACAGAGGAAGGAUCGGAGUACCAGUGUAUCGAUGAGGGAGUGACGAUGUCCCAAACCAUGCGAAUUAUUCAAAAAUCUAUGAUGAAAAUGUCAAGAAGUGGUAAGGAUGAUAAGAAAUGAAUUGAAAUUACAAAUAAAAAUAGCCGAAUUGUCCCGAUUAAAUCUAUGAAACAGAAGCGGUAUGCUUAAACAAUUAAUCACGUACAUUUGUAUAUUGAGUCUAUCAAUAACAUUUUUAACUCAUUAUUAUUAUUAUUAUUAUUAUUAUAUCACUAAUUUUAUUAUUAUCAAGGUAUUUCUCUCUUUUCCAUAUUGUGCACAUUAAAUACAAUUCAUAUCAAAAUUUGAUGUGUGCUUUGUAGAGAACUAAUUUCAUGUCUAAAUAAUCAUAAUUUCAUAGUCUUUAAAAUAUUUUCCAAACACUCAUCCUCUGUGUACGAACUUCACAAUAGUCUUGAAGAAUCAUUUUGUGUUUAUAUGGUUUUCGUUAUAAAAACAAAAUUUAAUUAUUUCUAAAAAUUGUCUAAUUGAGUAGAAAUUUGUGUAUUCUACAAAUUACAUACAUAAUAGUGCUAUAAUUUAACAUUU